CGGCGGCGGCCGGGCAUGUCUUGGCUGCGCAACCCAUGGCUGCAGCUGCAGGCAGACCUCGACCUGAAACCGUCCACCGUCAGGAAGAUCUACCCCGGCUGGCCGGCCGCGACCCUCCAUCAGGCCGCACCUGGCUCGUCGCGGCCGGCCAGCGGAGGACGGAAGGGGCGGCCGAACUUGAGCAGCAGCAGCGCCGUCGCCGCGCCGGAGGAAGAGAAGCAGCCGCAGCAGCAAGGCGGGCUCAGCGCCUUCGCCAGCCCGGCGGGUCCCUCGGGCAUUCGACCUCCGAUCAUGAACGGCCCCAUGCAUCCACGUCCCCUGGUUGCGCUGCUGGAUGGCCGGGACUGUACGGUAGAAAUGCCGAUCCUGAAGGACGUGGCUACCGUGGCCUUCUGUGACGCUCAGUCCACCCAGGAAAUCCACGAAAAGGUACUGAAUGAAGCUGUGGGGGCCCUGAUGUAUCACACCAUCACUUUAACCCGUGAGGACUUGGAGAAAUUUAAAGCACUUCGAAUAAUUGUUCGAAUUGGAAGUGGUUUUGAUAACAUCGAUAUCAAAUCUGCUGGUGACCUAGGGAUCGCCGUUUGCAACGUCCCGGCUGCGUCGGUGGAAGAGACGGCGGAUUCGACGAUGUGCCACAUCUUGAACCUCUACAGACGAACCACCUGGCUGCACCAGGCUUUGCGAGAAGGCACGAGGGUGCAGAGCGUGGAACAGAUUCGGGAAGUGGCUUCUGGAGCAGCCAGAAUCAGAGGAGAGACGCUGGGCAUUAUUGGGCUAGGGCGAGUGGGUCAAGCGGUUGCGCUGCGUGCCAAAGCCUUUGGCUUCAACGUCAUUUUCUAUGACCCGUAUCUCUCGGACGGCAUCGAACGGGCUCUUGGUCUUCAGCGGGUCAGCACCCUGCAAGAUUUGUUGUUCCACAGCGAUUGUGUCACCCUGCACUGCAGCCUCAAUGAGCACAAUCAUCACCUGAUUAAUGACUUCACCAUUAAACAGAUGCGACAAGGGGCGUUCCUUGUGAACACAGCUCGCGGAGGGCUGGUGGACGAGAAGGCCCUCGCACAAGCGUUGAAGGAAGGCAGAAUACGGGGAGCAGCCUUAGAUGUCCAUGAAUCAGAACCGUUCAGCUUUAGCCAAGGGCCCUUGAAGGACGCCCCGAAUCUCAUCUGCACGCCCCACGCGGCCUGGUACAGCGAACAAGCCUCGAUAGAGAUGCGAGAGGAGGCAGCCAGGGAGAUCCGGAGAGCCAUCACAGGUCGUAUUCCAGACAGCCUGAAAAACUGUGUCAACAAAGAACAUUUGACCACCGCUACACACUGGGCGAGCAUGGACCCCGGAGUUGUUCACCCGGAGCUUAAUGGUGCUACUUACAGCAGGUACCCUCCUGGUGUUGUGAGCGUGGCUCCCCCCGGAAUCCCCACCGCUGUGGAAGGCAUCGUCCCUAACGCCAUGCCCUUGUCGCAUGGCCUUCCUCCCGUAGCUCAUCCCCCCCACGCUCCUUCUCCCGGCCAGACGGUGAAACCGGAAGCGGAUAGAGACCAUCCCAGCGACCAAUUGUAGCCUACGAGAAGUUCAUUCCCGAUGUAGAUGGUUGCAACUUUUGGAAAGCGCGUGGUGAAACAUUCGGACAGAUGCUGAGCCACAAGGAGAACCAGGAGAGCAGGUCCCUCACGUUUUUAAGGAACUGGUCCAAGAUGCAGCAUCCUCAUGAGCAGCGAUGGGAGAGAUGAUGGAACGAAGGUCUGAAAACUUUAUUCCUCCAUAUAAAAUGUAGUUUGUCCCUGUCCAGUGACCUGAAUCACAAGUUUUCUGUAUUCCUGUGGGUUCUUUGUUAAGCCAGAGAAGUUAGUAGUUAAUUAUAUCAUGAAUGUACUUGUCUGUGUACAGUUUUUAGAACAUUAACCAAGGUUUGUUUGCUCAGUGGUCAACAACAACAAAAACACACAAAGAGAGGCAUUUGACAAACCACUUUAAAAAGUUGAAAACUUUUUUUGUUUUGUUUUUAUAUGUUUAAAAAAAAAAUGCCCCAAAAUUGAGGCAGUUGAUGAAACUUCUCAGGAUAAUGACUCCCACCCCACUUCUAUUUUUUUUCCCUUUCUUUCUAUGCCAUACAGUGCAUUGUUUUUUCUACCUUCUUGUCUUAUUAUUUCAUUAUUUUUUUUAAAAGAAUAAUUUAAUAAAACGCAAAAACUUUUCUCCUGAUUUUGGCAUAAAUUCCCCACAUUUCAGAAUGAAGAUGUUUGAAAGAGAUUUUUGAGGUGCAAAUAAAAAGUUUUUGUAUAAACAAAAGUCAUGCUUUUUGUUUUUGUCACCAGUUAAAAGUAUAUAUUAUUGCUGAGGUGCAGGGAGAGAAAGAGAGAGAGAGAGAGAGAGAAAGAAAGAGA